GUGAAACGGUAAAAGGAGUCCGCAAAUUCAUCGCGAAGGGCCAAGGCGGGGGGCCGCAUAGGAGAGAGAGAGAGGAAGGGAGGGAGGGUCGCACCGAGGUUGAGCUCCGCUGGCGUCGCGAGCGGCGACAUUGUCGUGCUCCCUUAUCUCUUCCUCUUCCUCUUCCUUUGCCGUCUCUUUUCUUCGCCUUCGUUCCCUCCUCUGACCCCGAACUCCAACGCCAACCCUCGCGGGGUCGGUGGCCGGAGAGAAGAAAGGUCCCUUUGCUUCUCCAUCGACCAGCUUAUAAGUACAAGGUGAAAAAAAAGAUAAAGAAGAAGGUAAGAUGAGGCGCUGGUUUUGCUGUGCUAGUAGUUUCGAUCGAUCUUACCAUGCCCAUGAAAAUGAAUGUCUCACAAGCCCAUCAAAUGACAAAUUUGGAAUGCCAAGGGGUUCUAGGUACUCUGCUGUUACAAAAAAUGAACCCCCAAAAGCACCUCUUCCUAUUGAAGUGACUGCAUUGCUAUUAGACGAACUAAAAGAGAAAACUGAUAAUUUUGGACCAAAAGCUUUGGUAGGUGAGGGAUCAUAUGGAAGAGUCUACCUUGCAGUUUUGGAUGAUGGAAAGCAAGUGGCCUUGAAAAAAUUUGAUUCUACAUCAGAGCCUGAAGCAAAUACUGAAUUUUUGACUCAGGUGUCCACAGUUUCAAGGUUGAAGCAUGAAAAUGUUCUGCAGAUGUUAGGAUAUUGUGUUGAAGGAAAUAUUAGACUGUUGGCCUAUGAGUUUGCUACAAUGGGCUCUUUACAUGACAUUCUUCAUGGUAAAAAAGGAGUUCAAGGUGCACAACCAGGCCGCCCACUUGAUUGGCUGCAGCGAGUGAGGAUUGCUGUUGAUGCUGCAAAGGGCCUGGAGUAUCUUCAUGACAAGGUUCAGCCUUCAAUACUGCACCGUGACAUCAGAUCAAGCAACGUUUUUUUGUUUGAGGACUUCAAAGCAAAAGUAGCAGAUUUUAAUCUCUUAAAUCAGGCACCAGAUAUGGCUGCUCGUCUUCAUUCAACCCGUGUCCUUGGAACUUUUGGUUAUCACGCACCAGAGUAUGCUAUGACAGGCCAAUUGACACAAAAAAGCGAUGUAUAUAGCUACGGUGUUGUACUUCUAGAGCUGCUUACUGGCAGGAAACCAGUUGAUCACACAAUGCCUAGAGGACAACAAAGCCUUGUCACCUGGGCCACUCCUAGAUUGAGUGAGGACAAGGUCAAACAAUGUGUGGAUCCAAGACUGAACGGAGAGUAUCCACCAAAAGCAGUAGCCAAGUUCGCUGCUGUGGCAGCUCUGUGUGUGCAAUACGAAGCAGAGUUCAGGCCCAACAUGAGCAUUGUGGUCAAAGCACUCACACCUCUGCUUGCCAAUAAACAUGGCCCUGCACAGACAGCUCCCGUCGCCCCAGCACCUGUGGAUUCAUGAAUCAUGAUGCAGGCCAGGGAAGCUUGAUAUGCAUUCAUUCGUCAUCGUCGUACAAAUUUGUUUUACUCGAAUGUUGUUUGUCUGCUUCCAAACAUUUACGCGAGAUGCUCGAUCGUCUGCCGUGUUAAUUUGAGUGUCGUUUCCCCCUCUUUUUUUCCGAGUUUAUCUGGGCAGGUGUUGUUGUAUUGCUUCUAAGCUCCACAUUGUCAUUCUGAUCAUAUAUAAUCUAUAUAUUCGGGCUUUUGUGUGGAUAA